AAAGUUAGAAGCUACGAAAGAGCUUGUAAACGGUAAGAACCUGAUAGACGGCCUUACCCACAUAGAUCUUAUUUGUUACGUCGACAGAGGCUCCGACAGCAUGAUGGAGAUGUUGGAUAAGUUCGGCCUCGCGCACUGCGAACUCCCGACCAUGAUGUGGAAUGUCGCGGUGAUGCUGCGAAUGGUGGCGGUGAAGAUCGAGGGUGGCGCGAAAUCAAUCCCGAUAUUCUUCUACCUUCUGGCGGCUGCAUCCAUAGUGCUAUACUUCUUCAACUACUACGCGUCCAUGAUAGUCUUCGUGUCCGUGGGCUGCCGGGAGACGGGUGACAUCCUGGCCGGCCUCAUGGCUCUGUCCGUCAGCAUCACCAGCGUGAUUGGCAUCAACAAGCUGAUGUACAUAUACAUACAUCAAGACAAAGUGCAAUCAUUAGUGGCUGGCUACAUAUCCUAUGACCGCGAGCUCCACUGGCCAGGCACCGCUGCCCUGAUGGCUGACCUAAUGAGGAAUGUUAAGAAGAGACUGAUAUUGUUCUGGGCUGUCGUGAUGGGCAACUCGUUCAUCUUUGAUUUGCAGCUACUUGUGAUGCCGGCGAGACUUAAUUUGUAUGACAAACAUGUGGUUUAUGGUUUGAAUUUUUUCCUGGGCAUAACAAACUACCCGAUCGCUAUAGUCAACAUAGUCACCUGCUCCUUCUUUAUCUGCUUCGUAACCUCAAGCAUCGGCGGUCUCUUCAUCGUAACCACUGGUUACAGUGAAGUAAAAUUGCUGGCUCUCAGCCAAGAAAUGCGAGAUCUUUGGAGCGAUGCGCAUGAACACUACAGUGAGAAUUUUGAAGGGGAUAGUGAAGGCAAAAAGGCAGCAAAGGAAUUGAAUAAUUAUGUUAAAUAUCGCUUGCAAGUCAUAGUCAAAAGCCACGCAAUUAAUAUUGAUCUUAUUAAAAAACUUGAAGGUAUUUUCCGUAACGCGAUUGCAGUAGAAUUUAUUUUGGUUACAUCAAGCCUUAGUAUUGAUUUAUUAGGGGGUUUAAAGGACACGUAUAUAAUCUUACCUUUUGCCUUAAUGCAAGUCAGUAUGGACUGCUAUUUGGGGCAAAAGUUGAUGGAUGCUUGCAAAGUUUUCGAGGACGCUGUCUACGAUUGUAAGUGGGAGAAUUUCGAUGUUAAAAAUAGGAAGACUGUGCUGUUGAUACUGAAGAUGUCGCAGAGAACGCUGACGCUGUCGGCUGGUGGUGUGGCCACGCUUAGCUUCGAGUGUUUGAUGGACAUCUAUAAAAGUGUGUUUUCCGCUUAUACAGCUUUACAAUCAACGAUGAAUUAAAUUAAAAUGUUAUAUAAUUAGAGUCCGAGUAAUCUAACUCUGCACUGACUUUACAGCGACAAAGUGUGGAAGAGCCUUGAUAAAGGAAUUUGACGUUUAUGAUCAAACCCUGUUAUCGAUGUUGCUUUUCAAUUAAAAUCAGGGUUUCUUCCCCGUUAUGUCGCUUGCGAAGUCGUGGUAGAGGCCAGACACUGUGAAGUGAAAUGACGGUGGAAGAAAAUUAAAUAUCGAUAGAUUUAAUCAUAAAAGAAAUUGGCGUCAAUCUUAUCUAGCCUCUA